UUGUGAGCAGAGAGGCAGAGCUCAACUCCUCUCCAAAUCCAGUUCAAUGAGCAGCAGCAGCAGCAGUCAGUGUGUGGAGAGCUGUGUGUUCCUGCUGGGAAUCAGGAGAGAUCACAGGAGUUUGGGUGAACCCUCUACCCCACUCAUCACAGCCCUGAUAGGACUUGUUCUCCUAUGCCACUGAAGGAGACCUCACAGUGGAGUGAUUGUGGAAUCUGGAUUGUACUAGAAGGAAUAACAGCUUCUGCAUAGAGAAGAAAAGUGCAGCCUUUGCAGUAAUAUUGUGUCACGUGUAGUAAUGACUAAGGAUUGCUCAGGAGAACCCAGUGGAUUGGAGAGAACCCUCUCAGUGGAUUACUAAUGGGACUCUAUGUGAGCUAGCCCUGAUUCUGCACUGCUUCUGCAUGUUCCCAAGACUGUCUCCAUUGUACCAGGGUGUCCACAUGAAUGGUUUUCCACUCACUGGUAAAUUUGCACUUUUCCCUAAAGAUUUGUCAAAGUUUUUGCCCUGCGUCCAGGGUGAAGUGACAAGUAAAGUCUUCGAGCUAAACUACUAUGAGGUCAGAAGCUUUACUGCUAUAUUUCACAGUACUGCAAGUUGCUGGGGCUGGAUUCCCAGAAGAUUCUGAGCCAAUCAGUAUUUCGCAUGGCAACUAUACAAAACAGUAUCCGGUAUUUGUGGGGCACAAACCAGGAAGAAACAACACACAGAAGCACAAAAUGGAUAUCCAACAGAUCAUGAUAAUGAAUCGGACACUGUACAUAGCUGCUAGGGACCACAUCUACACGAUAGACCUGGACACAUCGAACACAGAAGAAAUUUAUUUCAAUAAAAAACUGACAUGGAAAUCUAAGCAGCCGGAUGUAGACACCUGCAGGAUGAAGGGGAAGCAUAAGGAUGAAUGUCAUAAUUUUAUAAAGGUUUUACUAAAGAGGGAUGAAGAAACGUUGUUUGUCUGUGGAACAAAUGCUUUUAAUCCUGCGUGUCGAAACUACAGGAUGGAUACUCUUGAGUUUUUAGAUGAAGAAAUAAGCGGCAUGGCCAGAUGUCCAUAUGAUGCCAAGCAUUCCAACGUUGCUCUAUUUGCAGAUGGAAAGCUUUAUUCUGCAACUGUGACUGACUUCCUUGCGAUUGAUGCCGUCAUUUACCGGAGUCUAGGAGACAGCCCAACUCUGCGCACUGUGAAAUACGAUUCCAAAUGGUUGAAAGAGCCAUACUUUGUACACGCCGUGGAUUAUGGAGACCUUAUCUACUUUUUCUAUCGUGAAAUUGCAGUUGAAUACAACAGCAUGGGAAAGGUGGUAUUUCCCAGAGUAGCCCAGGUCUGCAAGAAUGACAUGGGAGGCUCUCAGAGGGUGCUUGAGAAACAGUGGACUUCGUUUCUUAAAGCUCGAUUGAAUUGCUCUGUUCCUGGUGAUUCCCAUUUCUACUUCAACAUACUGCAAGCUGUUACUGAUGUGAUCCAUAUUAAUGGCCGGGAUGUUGUGCUAGCUACAUUCUCGACGCCAUACAACAGCAUCCCUGGAUCUGCUGUCUGCGCUUACGACAUGGCUGACAUCGCCAGCGUGUUUACUGGGAGAUUCAAGGAACAGAAAUCACCAGAUUCCACUUGGACCCCAGUCCCAGAUGAGCGUGUUCCUAAGCCCAGGCCAGGCUGCUGUGCUGGAUCCGCAACAGUCGAAAGAUAUGCCGCAUCCAAUGACCUGCCAGAUGACACUCUUAAUUUCAUUAAAACGCACCCCCUUAUGGAUGAGGCAGUGCCCUCUAUAGUAAACAAGCCAUUGUUUCUGCGGACCAUGGUUAGAUAUCGCCUAACAAAAAUUGCAGUUGACACUGCUGCAGGUCCAUACCGAAAUAACACAGUGGUGUUUCUGGGUUCAGAGAGGGGCGUUGUGCUCAAGUUUUUGGCAAGAACCGGAUACAGUGGCUUUCUUAGUGACAGUCUCUUUUUGGAGGAGAUGAAUGUGUACAAUGCUGAAAAGUGUAACUACGAAGGUACAGAGGACAAGAGGAUUAUUGGAAUGCAGUUUGACAAGCAGAACAGUGCUCUCUACGUUGCAUUUUCCACCUGUGUCAUCUGGGUACCUCUUGCAAGAUGUGAACGACAUAUGAAGUGUAAAAAGACUUGUAUUGCUUCCAGAGACCCAUACUGUGUUUGGUUGCGAGAUGCAGGAACAUGUUCACAGCUGUCACCUGGUACUAAAGUGCCAUUUGAGCAAGACGUAGAGCAUGGCAAUACAGACGGCCUAGGCGACUGCCAAAAUUCUUUUGUGGCAUUAAAUGAUCCCAGUACAACUUCCCACUCAAGAGGGCACGAGAGUUACGAUAGGGGUACGGUCAUGGAUUGGAAGGAUACCUAUGACUCUUCUGAGAACACAGACCCCCAUGUGGCUGACCCUUUCCAUAAUCACCCGGACAAAAAGGGAAUUAUUCGUGAAAGUUAUCUAAAAGGUCAUGAUCAACUUGUUCCUGUCACACUCUUGGCCAUUGCUGUAAUUCUAGCUUUUGUCAUGGGUGCUGUCUUCUCUGGAAUUAUUGUGUACUGUAUCUGUGACCAUCGUAGAAGAGAUGUGGAUGUAGUCCAGAGGAAGGACAAAGACCUGAGUCAUUCACGUCGAGGAUCAAUGGCAAGUGUUAGCAAGUUAAGUGGGCUCUUCGGUGAUGGUCAGGGCAAGGAGCCUAAGCCAGAGGCUAUUCUUACACCAUUAAUGCAUAAUGGAAAACUUGCCACACCAAGUACAACCGCUAAGAUGUUAAUUAAAGCUGAACAACAUCACCUUGAUUUGGCAGCAUUACCAACUCCUGAGUCCACACCAACUUUACAACAGAAGAGAAAGCCUAGCAGGGGUAGCAGAGACUGGGAAAGAAACCAAAACAUUAUCAAUGCCUGUACAAAAGACAUACCACCUAUGCCGUCACCAGUUAUACCCACUGAUUUGCCUCUUCGUGCAUCCCCGAGCCACAUUCCAAGUGUAGUAGUACUGCCAAUAACACAGCAAGGUUACCAACAUGAUUAUGUAGAUCAGCCAAAACUAACAGAGGUGGCACAAAUUUCUAUUGAAAACCAGAACUCCACUCUGGAGUACAAAACAAUUAAAGAACAUCUUGCUAGUAAAAGUCCUAAUCAUGGUGUCAACUUGGUGGACAGUUUAGAUAGCAUACCUCCAAAGGUGCCACAAAGAGAGGCUUCUUUAGGUCCUCCAAGUUCUUCAAUGUCACAGAAUGGAAUGGGCAAGCGCAUUGACAUGCAUGCUUCAGCAUACAGUGUGGAAUACAAGAGAAACUACCCUACAAACUCACUCACAAGAACUCAUCAGUCAUCAACCCUCAAAAGAAACAAUACUAAUUCAUCAAACUCUUCUCAUCUCUCCAGACAUCAGAGUUUUGGUAGAGGGGAUAAUCCUCCUCCUGCUCCUCAAAGAGUAGACUCUAUACAUUUCAAUGCUGCUCAAGGGCAGACAGUGACUCUUACUAGGCAACCUAGUAUCAAUGCCUAUAACUCACUGCCCAGGUCAGGGGUGAAACGUACUCCCUCUUUAAAGCCAGAUGUACCACCCAAACCUUCAUUUUCAUCAUCUCUUAUGCCCAAUGAUGCAUGUACAUAAUUGGAGCAGAAUACCAGCUGAAAAGAAUUUGCCAUUUUGAGCCAGUGUACUGCAACUUCAUCAAUAAACUUCAAUUUCCAAGAAGGCUAUUGUUAAGCUAAGGACUCUUUGGAAAGGAAAGUGAGAUAUUUUCUUAUGAAAUUAUGUGAUGUAUGGUUUAUGUUUGCAACUGCAGGACUUGCACACAAUCUAAACAGUUUUCACUGUUAAUGACAUUAUCCCAGAACAUCACAUCUCAUGAGCCAAAAGCACAAAGUUGAAUGUUGAACGUUACUUCCUGAAAUUCCUCCUGGACUCCAAGGUGGAGGGUAGAAGAGUAACAGACAACAAGAAGGAGAACUAGACGCAUGACUUCAGAUGAUCUAACGCAUACUUAAUAAUGGCGGACGUUUACUACAAGCAGAUACUGUGAAAUGCCCAUCAGUGUUACAGCCACUUGAUUAGCAGAUGGACGAAAAAUUGGGCACAGCUAUUCUCGAUCUCUGCUACUCUUCUUUAAUGAAUAACAUGUGACCAGUUAACAAUAGUAACUUCAAUUAUUUAUUGUUCAUUUUGUCUUUCCUAAGGAAAUGACUGUCCUGCAAAUCACCUUCUGAGCAGCUUUGUGGACAAAAAUAAAGAAAUAAAUGACAACGAACUUAUGAUUCUUAUUUAACAUGACACUGCUAACUGGAGUAGUUGAGUUAUUUUAUUAUUAUUUUUUCCAAUAAACUGUCAGAGGAAAAUAAUUUUGAGCUGGCAUUCUAAAAUUUGUGUUUGGAUUAUGUUUUACUCUCAAUUUCCAUUCCUUCUUUUUCAUCACCAUUUUUCAAAAAUCUAACUCUUUCACAUCCAGGAAGGGGUUUGUGACUUACUGUUUAAGAGUAUGUUACAGAACCAUCUAGACCGGACAGGAUUAAAAGGGGCAUAUUGAUUUGUUGGAAUAAAUCACUGGCUGGGCCUUUGAUUUUUUUUUUUCACAAGCCAGAAUCUAAUUUUAAUUUUACUUCAAGUAGGAUCUGUAAAAUCCUCUUUGUGACUUAUUAUGCACUCCUUUGCAUAUACCAUUGCUGUCAACAUUGCCUUGUCAGUAGUGACUAUUUUUUGUGAAGGCACUAUUUUGUGGUGUGCCAUCCUAUUUCAUGUUGCAUGUAAGUCAACAACUGAAAUCCACCAAUGGUGUGAAGUAUGAGUAAUCUGCCAGCUUUUAAACCAUUCAAAGACUGAUCUCACAGGUUGUUUAUGAGAAGACUCUAUCUGUGAAUAACCUUCUCUUCCACAUGUAAAUUUGUGCCUUACACCCCGAGUUCUGUGUACUUGUGAGUUGUAGUUCCCAAUCCUUCUCCUGACAGUUACAGAUAUUUAUUUACCCAUACCCCCCUUUUCCUGACCAGUGCUUGUAGUAGUUGCUGGGUAUGUUGGAGGUUAUACCAUGGUAAUUUGGAGAAGAAUGUAGAGGUAAUACAAAACUCCAUCAUCCCUAAAAGAAAACUGCAGCUGGUAAUUCAUGUGAUCAUUCUGGAUGUGCCAAUUUUGUCCUCAGUCCACCCUUGUAUCAUGCUGACAGCAUGUCCACUAUUGUGGGUGGCAUCUUCCUUUCUAAAUCUUCUCCCUUCUACACUAUCAUAUCAUUUCAGUAUGGUGAUAUAAUGCAUCAACUAAUGUAGUGUCUUCAUGUCUAGUGUGCACACUGGAUGUAAUGCGGAAUGCGACUAGCUGCCUUCCGUUAAGAACCGUCCUAACCACACUCACAGUAUAAAUGUACAGUCUGAAAUGAAGUUAAAUAGUUUAAUGCGGGCUGGCUCCUGCUAUAAUCGAAUACUGCUAGAAUAGGGAAAUCCUGAAGGAAAUUACUUGGAAAAAAAAAUCCCUUUUGGUGAUUUUUUCCGCCCUUUGAUUAGUGUCUGGGUAUAUUAAGAUCCUUUAACAUCAUCAUACUUUAGAGACCUUGUAUUUUUCCUUUUUUUUUACCUGAGAUAAUGCUUUUGUGUUGGCUUUUAUACCAGUUUUUUUCAGAUUUUAUUUUUCAUUGACUGGAAAGAGUUACUUUAAGUCCCAUUAGGGUGUGAUUUUUAGAAAAUCAAGAUGGUUUAGAACAUUGUGUAUAACAAGGGUGGUUGCAUAUCAUUCCAUUUUCCUUAUCUGGAUUAAUGUGUACGUUCUGUUUCCUGAAGUUCCUUUAAUGUCCAUCAGGCUGUUAUGGCUCUGUUUACAUAAUCUUCAGCAUGUUACACUCACUAUACUUGUAUUUAUUCCUGUUUAACUACUGGAACAUUUAAUUGACAAUCCUCAAUGUGCCAGAGAUAUAUUUCUGUUCCUAGGCAAUUUGUUUACCCAGCUGCCCUAGUGUAGUGGUGGUGGUGGGGGGUCAUCUUUAUGCAUGCUACAAAGCAUUAGGAAAGAAAUAAGGAGCAAGAAAAAGCUAGAUUAAUGUGAUGAUGUAGAAAAAGGUAGCAAUUACUGUAAUACAUGGAUAACAUUAUGGUAUCUUUAUGACUGGAGAAUCGGAAUGUGAUAUUACUGUAUGUGUAUACUGUAUAAGGUAGGUUAGGCUUCAUACAUGGAUUGAAGAUUGUUUGCAUCCAGAAAUAUAUGUAGUAGGAAAAGCAAAUGUGACAGUACGCUGCUCUUUUAUAGAAUCAAGAAUAAGGCCAGCAAGUAAAACCAUAAGCAUACAUAAUUUUAUGAACAUACAAUUUUUUUUAACGUUUUUUGUAUUAUUUUUUAACAAAAUGGUUUGGCUUCUGGAGUUCUAUGUUUUACAGUACAUUGCAAGCAGCAAAAAGCUGUAAAAUCCACCAGGCGAGCUAUCGGGUUGCUUGCUCUUCGUCCCCUCCAUCUCCCCACUACUAAAUAAUCUUUUAAGCUGGUAUAUGACAAAAUUAAAGAUUAACAUUUAUUUGAAUUGUAAACAAAAACUUUUACAAAAACUUUAAAUGCCUAGACGACUGGCCACGCCUAUUGUAUGACUAAACUAGGUCACAUUUUAAAAGGACCUUAUAGAUAACAUUAAAAGUAUGCUAAUGAAUUUACAUGUAAAUUUAUAUAGUCACGAAAAAAUUUAAAUGGCAUUGGUAUUUACCAAAAAAUUAAGGAAUAUACAAAUUUUUCCCAAAAGUUUACACUGAUGGAAACAUUUGAACAUAGUUUUUUUUUACACAAGUGUCUAUUUUUUCCUUCUACCAUUGGAUUUAUUUUUAUUAAGAUUUUAUCUUGUUUUACAUAAACCUAUGUGUGCCUUUGCUAUCCACCCUUGCUAUACACAGAGAAAUUGAACAAAUUCAGACUCCUAAUUGUGUAUUGUUGUAAGAUAUUGUGAUGUCACCAAAUUAUUUCUUCAUCUUCAUAUCCCUUAACAUCUGAUACACAAAUUAAUGUAUGUUGUACAAAAAUGAAAAAAAAAAAUCUUUAUUACAUAAUGUAAUAAAAAGACUGUU